ACUCAAGUUGCUGCUCUGUAUAAUGAAAUCUGCCUCCGUAUUUCAGUGCAGACUCAAGACGUCCUACGGCUGCAAGAUCUGUGCAAAAUAAUGUGAAUCAACCUGCCACGAGAAAUCAAGAGAAUCAGAAUAAGAUGGACAUCCAGGAUCAGGAUGCCACAGCCAGAUGGGAGGCUCUGGGCAGCCGUGACCCGAGAUCCAGAGGCACAGCAAUGGAGCACAUCAGCCAGGAGGUGAUGCGGAGAGUGGAGAGUAUAGGGCCGAUACCAGCCACCGUCCCUUCGCCUGUAGCUACUGCAGGGCACCUCACCAGCGACCUGAACAACAUCCUGGCCCGUCUACUCAUGCUGUCUAAGCGGUGCCCUUUCGAUGAUGUCAGAGAGCGAUGUGUUUGGCUGCUGCAGAACGUUCAGGACUUUGGAGUUCGAAUCCCAAGACCCCUGGGAAAUGGACCAAGUAGAUUUAUCCCUGAAAAAGAGAUCCUUCAAGUCAGUAAAGUAGACCCCAGGACACAAUCGAUAUUUGAGGACGCAUUCGCAGCACUGGGUCGCCUUGACAACAUCUCCUUGGUGAUGGGCUUCCACCCACAGUACCUGGAGAGCUUUCUGAGGACACAGCACUACCUGCUGCAGAUGGACGGGCCCUUAUCCCUGCACUACCGCCACUACAUAGGCAUCAUGGCUGCAGCCAGACACCAGUGCUCCUACCUGGUCAACCUGCACGUCAAUGACUUCCUCCAGGUAGGAGGGGACUCCAAGUGGCUGAAUGGCCUGGACGGAGCCCCACAGAAGCUGCAGGCUCUCGGGGAGCUCAACAAGAUCCUGGCCCACCGGCCCUGGCUCCUCACCAAGGCACACAUCGAGCACCUGCUGAAGGCUGAAGAACACAGCUGGUCCCUGGCUGAGCUGAUCCACGCUGUGGUGCUCCUCACACACUAUCACUCCCUGGCCUCCUUUACCUUCGGCUGUGGCAUCACCCCCGAGAUCCACAGUGAUGGGGGGCACACCUUCAGACCCCCCUCCCUCAGCCAGUACUGUGUCUGCGACAUCGCCAAUGGCAAUGGGCACGGCCACCUGGAGGAGAGGAGAGGCAAUCACCAGGUGUCAGAGGUGUCUGGUGAGGUGGAGGUGCUGAUGGAGAGGAUGAAGCAGCUGCAGGAGUGUCGUGAUGAAGAGGAAGCCAGUCAGGAGGAGAUGGCCACACGCUUUGAGAGGGAGAAGACCGAGAGCAUGCUGGUGGCCACGGCAGAGGACGAGGAGUGUGUGCCAUCCAGAGACGUCUCCAGGCACUUUGAAGACCCCAGCUACGGCUACAAGGACUUCUCCAGGAGAGGAGAACAUGUACCCACCUUCAGAGUGCAGGACUACAGUUGGGAGGACCACGGCUACUCCCUGGUGAACCGUCUGUACCCUGACGUUGGUCAGCUGCUGGAUGAGAAGUUCCAGAUGGCCUACAACCUGACCUACAACACCAUGGCCAUGCACAAAGACGUGGACACCACCAUGCUGCGCAGGGCUAUCUGGAACUACAUCCACUGCAUGUUCGGCAUCCGGUAUGAUGACUAUGACUACGGGGAGAUUAACCAGCUGUUGGACCGCAGCUUUAAGGUCUACAUUAAGACCAUGGUGUGCAGCCCGGAGAAAACCACCAAACGAAUGUACGAGAGCUUCUGGAGACAGUUCCAGCACUCCGAGAAGGUCCAUGUCAAUCUGCUUCUUAUGGAAGCGCGCAUGCAGGCAGAACUGCUCUACGCUCUGAGAGCGAUCACCCGCUACAUGACAUGAAAUGCUUUUGGCGUUUAUCAUUGUUUUUUGCUGUCAUUGUCUUUGCUCUCGUGGGACACUUCAGAAGAAAUAAACCAAGGGGGGAAACAGAAAACUAAAAAGAUGAAAGGUAACCCUGUCCGUCGUGACGAAGCUCGUCCUCGUGAUGUGGAAAGAAAAAUGAACAGAACAAAUGAAAGAGAACAAAAAAAAGCAAAUGAAAGAAGAAGAAGAAAAAAAGAACUGCAAAAAGAAAAGUCAUCUCAACCUACUUGUGGAAAGAUAAGCUGUCCUCUUUACCUGCAGUGCCAAAACUCACCAUGAGGGGGCAGCCUGGAGCAGACACUGCUGGGCCAGAGGAAAAGAAACAGAUGACAGGCCACCCUUCCAGUAUUCUAAUACACCUCAGUGGAUGAUGUCAUAAGAAUCUCCAUAUAGUGUGAAAACCCACAGCAACUCUCCAGAAAGCAACGCAGUGCAUCAGUCUGCACUUGAUAAUGUAGUCACUGUUUUUUGUUGAAUAUAUUUUGCUUUAGUUUUUUUGUAUGAAGAGAAGUUGUUAUCAUGUGAUUGUUGCGAUAACUGGAGAUGAUGGAAGCAUUAUUUGGCCUGUGUGUUGGUGUGCCUGGUUAUGUCAUACACCACAGUAUAGUGUGUAGAGGUGCGGCCUGAUACUGCUGCUCAUUUAAGCAAGGGGUCAUAUUGAUCCCCCCCCAUCCUCCCUCCCACCCCUAAGAACCCUAUCCAUCAUAAACCCACAGCAUUACCCCCCCCACCCUGAAACUGUUUGUGUAAGCUAACCCAAGAAGUGUGUGAAAGCGGAGAGGUGUUGGAAAAACUAAAAAAUAACACUGUCUGAGCCCUAUUUAGUUCAACUGUACGUAUGAUGAACCCAUUCUGUAUGAGAGACUGAUGUCAGUGACAAAUAUCAUGUGUGGAUGUGUGUGUAACUCCAUGUGUUUUACAGAAAAUAUAAAGAAAAAAAGUGUGAAAUUUCAAGCAACAAAAAACCAGGAAGAAAGCGAGGUAAUUUGAAGGGUGAAACUUCUUGCCUCUGCUGUAGCUCUUUCCGUGUGGUGACUGUUACAUUGUUUUGUUUCUGGUAAAAAGCUUUGUCCUGUAAGAACAUGAAAGCUAAAACAAAGUGGUCUUCCAGGGGAUUGGCUUCCGGUUGUCAUAACAAUGACAUCACCUGUCUGUCUUCCGCUCACCCUCGACCUUUGACCUUGGCCUGGGCAUCCUAACACUUUCAAAGCUUUGGGUAUUGUGAAUUGUACCAGUAAAUAAAUACCUCUUCUGUUUUCUUUUCUAUCACAUUAAGAAGUGCUCUUUGGCGAGCAGAAUGACUCUUAUCAUUCUGGGUCGCUUGGCUUUCAUUCGUAGGGAGCCCAGUUGGUCCUCAUUGGACCGACUGUGGUCGAUACGGUCCGACUGCAGUCGGUCAUAGAUGUGCUUGUUCCCUCUGUGGGAGCCUAACCAGUGCAACACAGUUUUUUUAAAUGAGGGGUAGACUCCACCCUUUUAUUUUUGUUGACUAAAAACAGUAAAGUACUGCAUUCUACUGAGGGUGGAUUGAUACAGUUGGACAGUUGAAUGAUUUUCACGUUAAGAGGAGGAAGAUGAGGAUGAUUAUGGAAUGGUACAUUAUUUGGGGGUGGUUGUGAGAGAAAGUGUAGAGGUUUUACCAAACUUCUGACUGUCAUAUACUGAAACUUUUUAUAUAAAAAAAAAUGGAAUGUUA